AUGGCAGAUGGGUGGACUGAUCAAAGGCAGCGAACUUUAAUUAACUUUCUAGUUUAUUAUCUUGCUGGUAUGUCAUUUGUUAAGACUUUUGAUGCUUCUGAUGUGAUAAAAACUGCCAAUGCAUUAUUUAAUUUGUUUGCUGAUAUUAUUGAGUGGGUUGGGCCUGGUAACAUUGUGCAUGUGGUCACUGAUAAUGCUGCUAAUUAUGUCUCUACUGGAAAACUUGUUCAUGAAAAAUAUCCAAAUAUAUUUUGGUCUCCUUGUGCUUCCCAUUAUAUCAAUAUUAUUUUGAAAGAUAUUACAAGUAUUCCUCACAUAGCUGACCUUGCUUCCUGUACUUCAAAAGUGACUGUGUUUGUCUACAAUCAUAUGAUCUUAUUGUCUUGGCUUAGAAAAAGAAAAAGUUGGACAGAAAUUGUUCGACCAGGAGUCACACGUUUUGCCACUGUUUUCAUUACUUUGAAAAGUAUAUAUGAUCACAAGGAAGACUUGCAGUCAUUAAUGGUGGACAAAUAUUUCACUUCUCAUAAAUUAUCCAAAAGUGUUAAUGGAAAGAUUGUUAGUUCAAUUGUCUUGGACAGUAAGUUUUGGCAAGACUGUGUUACCACUGUGAAAAUUGUUGGUCCUCUUAUUAAGUUGUUGAGGCUUGUUGAUGCUGAUGAAAAAUUCUCUUUGGGAAUCGUGUAUGAAGGCAUGCAAAGAGCAAAAAAUGCUAUCAAGACAAUGUUUAGAAAUCGAAAAGCUUCUUAUACGCCAUACACGAGUAUCUUGAAAAUGAGGUGGGAUAAGCAUUUGAAGCGUGAUCUCUAUGCGGUAGCGUACUUUUUAAAUCCAGGCAUUUUCUAUAGUGAGGGUUUUGUUGAGAAGGUAAAUGUUUUGAGAUCUUUGCUUGAUUUGCUUGAUGUUGAAACACUUUGUGAUGACUCAAUUGCUGCAAUACAAGAGAUACAGUUGUAUCAAGAUUGUAAAGAAAGUUUUGGGAGGGAAAGUGCUAAGAGAGCGGCAUCAAAACUCGAACCUGAUUUUUGGGUAAUGGCACAUGAGGAUGAUCCUGAAUUUACUAACGGAGAUGUUGAAGGCAUCAAAAGUUUAAUAUACACUAAUAAUGAUAUGCCUUCGUAUCCUAAUGAUGGUGGAGACAUGGAAGUUGAAGUGGAUAUGCUUGAUGUUGUAAUUGAAUCCUCAAAUACUUCUUUUGGUGGUAUUUCUGAAGAUGCUGGCUUUGGAUUACCUAUUUAUGAUGGAGACAACAAAACACUUAAUGAUGAUUAUGACUUCUAG